AUGGGGUUUUGGGGUUAUUUAUGUUUUGGUUGUUGGGGUUGGGGUGGGGGGGGUGGGGGGUGGGGUGGGUUGGGGGGGUUGGGGGGGGGGUGUGGUGGUGUAGUGUUAGGUGUUUUGUGGUGUGGUUUUUUUUGUGUUUUUAGGGUGUGUAAUGUUUUUGGGUGGGUGUGGUGGGGGGGGGGGUUUGGUGGUGUGUUGUGGUGGGUUGGUUUGUGGGUGGUGGGGGGUGUUUGGUGUGUUGUGGUUGGUUGUUUUGUUUGUGGGGUGUUGUGGUGGUGGGUUUGUGUGGGUUGUGGGGGUGGGGGGUUGGGUUGGGUUUUUUGGUGGGGGGGGGUGGGUGUUUGGGUGGUUUGGGGGGGGGGGGUGUUGUUUGGUGGUUUGGGGGUGGGUUAUGGGGGUGUUGUUUGGGGGGGUUGGGGGGUUGUUGUUUUUGGGUUGUGGGGGUGGGUGGUUUUGGGUGGUUGGGGGGAUGGUUGGUGUUUGGGUGGUUGGGGGGUGUUUGGGGGGGGGUGGUUGUGGGGGUUUGGGGUGUUGGGGGGUUGGGGGUUGGGGUGGUUGUGGGGUGGGGGGGGGUUGGGGGGGGGUUGGGGGGGUUGGGGGUGUGGGGGUUGUGGUGUUGUGGGGUAUUGGGGGGUUUGUUGGGGGUUUUGGGGUUGGGGGGGGUGGUGGAAUUGGGGUUUGGGUGUUUUUGGGGUGUUUUGGGGGGUGGGGUGGGUUUUUGGGGGUGGGUUGUUGUGUGUGUGUGGGUGGGGGGGAUGUGUGGUUUGGGUUUGUGUUUGUUGGUUAUGGUUUGGUUGGUUAUUGUUGAUGUGUGUGGGGUUGGGUGUGUUGUGGUGGGUUUGUUGGGGUUGUGGGGGGGGGGGUGUGUUUUGGUUGUUGUGUGUGUGGUGGGUGGGUGUGGGUUGGGUGUGGGGGGGGGGUUGUGGGGUGGUGUGGUGUGGGGUGGGUGUGGGGGGGUGUGUGGGGGGGUGGGUUGGUGUGGGGUGGUGGGGGGUGGGUGUGUGGGUUGGGUUUGUGUGGUGGGGUUUUUGUGGGGUUUGGUGGUGGGUUUGGGUGUGGGUUUGGGGUGGGGUUGGUGGUGUGUUUGGUGGUGGUUAUGGUGGUGGGGGUUUGGUGGUGGGGGUUGGUGUGGGGGGGUUGGUGUGGGGUUUGGUGGUGGUUUUGUGGUGGGGUUUGGUGGGGUGGGGUUUUGGUGGGUGGGGUGGUUGGGGUUUGGUGGUGGGGUUUUGGGUGGUGGGUUUGGUGGUGGGGUUUGGUGUGGGGUUUGGUGGUGGGUUGGGUGGUGGUUGUGUGGGUGGGGUUUGGGUGGUGGGGGGGGGGGUGGGGGGUGGGGGGGGGGGGGGGGUGGUGGGGGGUGGGUGGGGUGGGGGGUGGGGGGGGUGGGGUGUUUUGGGUGGUUGGGGUGGGGGUGGGGGGGGGGUGGUGGGGGUUGUGGGGGUUGGGUGUGGUGUGUGGGGGGGGGGUGGUGGGGUGGUGGGUUGGGGGGGGUGUGGGGGGGGUUGGGGUGUGUUGGGGGGUUUUUUUUGGUGGUGUGGGGUUGUUUUUUGGGGUUUGGGGGGGGGUUGGGGUGUGGGGUGGUGGGUUGUGUGGUUUGUGGGGGUGUUUGGGUUUGGUUGUGGGGUGGUGGGUGGUUGGUGGGGGGGGGUUGGGUGGGGGGGUGUGUGGGGGGGGGGGUUUGGUGGGUGGUGGGUGGGGGGGUGUGGGGGGUGGGGUUGUGUUUGGGGGGGUGUUGGUGGGGGGGUUUGGGGGGGUUGGGUGUUGUUGGGGGUGUUGUGGGUGUGGGGGGGGGGGGGGGUGUUUGGGGGUGGGGGGUUGGGGGGUGGGGUUGGGGGGGUUGGGUGGGGGGGGGGGGGUGGGGUGGUGGGGGGGGGUGGGGGUUGGGGGGGGUUGUGGUGGGGGUGGUUGUGGUGGGGUGUGGUGGUGGGUUGUGGGGUGGGGGUUUGGGGUUGUGUGGGUUGGUUUAGUGGGGUUGGUUGUGGGGUUGGGGUUGUUUUGUUUGGGGGUGGGGGGGGGGGGGUGUUGUUUGUUGGUUGGGGGUGGUUUUGGGGGUGGGGUGGUUGUGGGUGGGUGUGUUUGGUUUGUGUUGUUUGGGGGUGGGGGGGGGGGGGUGGUGGUUGUGGUGGGGUUUUUUGGGGUUGGUGUUGUGGGGUUGGUGGGUGGGGGGGGUGGGGGGGGGGGGGGUGGGGGUGGUGGUGGGGUGUUGGUGGGGGGGGGGGGGGGGGGGGGGGGGUGGGGGGGGGGUGGGGGGUGGUGGGGGGGGUUGGGGGGGGUUUUUGGGGUGGGUUGGUGGUGGGUGUUGGUUGGGGGGUGGGUGGGUGGGGUUGGGGGGUUGGGGGUGGGGGGGGGUGGGGGUGUUGGGGGGGGUGGGUGUUGGGGGUGUUGGUGUGGGGGGGGUGUUGGGGUGGGGGGGGUGGUGGGGGUUGGGGGGUGGGGUUGUGUUGUGUUGGGGUGGGGGGGGGGGGGGGUUGGGGGGUGGGGGGGGUUUGUGGGGGUUGUGUGGGUUGUGGUGGUGGGGGGGGGGGGGUGGUGUGUGGGGGUGGUUGGGUUUUGUUGUUGUGUGGUGUUGGUGGGGGGGUGGUGGGUGUUGGUUUGGUGUUGUGGGGGUGUGGGGGUGUGUGGGGGGGGGGGUGGGGUGGGUGGGGAGUUUGGGUUGGGGUGGGUGGGUUGGGGGGGGGGGGGGUUGGUGUUGGUGUUGGUGGGUUGUGGGGGGGGGUGUUGGUGGGUGGGUGGGGGUUGGGUGGGGGGGGGUGGUGUGGGGGUGGGUGGUGGGUUGUUGGUUGGGGGUUGGGGGGUGUGUGUGGGGGGGGGGUUGGGUGGUGUGUUUGUUGGUGUGGGGGGUGUGGGUGGUUGGGGGGUGGUUGUGGUGUGGUGUGGGUGGGUGGUGUUGGGGGGGGGGGGGGGGUUUGUGGGGGGGGGUGGUGGGGGUUUGUUGGGUGGGGGGGGGUGUGUGGUUGGGGGGGGGGUGGGGGGGUGGGGGGGUGUUGGGGUGUGUGGUGGGGGGGGGGGGGGGGGGUGGGGGGGGGUUUGGUGGGGGUGGUGUGGGUGUGUGGUGGGGGGGGGGGGGGGGGGGUGGUUGUGUGGGGUGGUUGGGUUUUUUGUUUGUUUGUUGGGUGGUGUGUUGGUGGGGGGGUGGGUGGGUUUGUGUUUGGGGUGUUGGGGGUGUGGGGGUGGUGUGGGGGGGUGGUUGGGGUGGUGGGUGGUUUGUGUGGGGUGUUUGGGGGGGGUGGGGUUUUGGGUGUGGGGGGGUUUGGGGGGUGGGGGGGGGGGUUGUGGUUGUUGGGUGUUUGUGUGGGGGGGGUGUUGGUGGGGGGUUGGGGGGUGGGUGGGGUGGGUGGGGUGGGGGGGGGUGGUGUGUGUGUGUGGUUUUUGGGUUGUGUUGGUUUGUUGUGUGGGGGUGUGGGUGGUUGGGGUGGUUUGUGGUGUGGUGUGGUGGUUUUGGUGUUGGGGGGGGGGGGGGGGGGUUUGUGGGGGGGGUGGGGUGGGUGUUUGUGGGGUGGGGGGGGGGUGUGUGGGUUGAGUGGGGGGGUGGGGGGGUGGGGGGGGGGGUUUGGUUUUGGGGGUGUGUUGUGGUGGGGUGUGUUGUUGGGGUUGGGUGGUGGGGUUGUUGUUGGGGGGUGGGUGGGGGUGGGGUGGUGGGGGGUGGUGGGGUGUUGGUGGGUGGGGGGUGUGGUGGUGGUUGGGGUUGUGGGGGUGGGUGGGGUUGUUGGGUGGUGGUGGGGGGUGUGGUGGGGGGGGAUUGGUGGUGGUGUUUGUUUGUGGGUGGGGGGGGGGGGGGGGGGGGGGGGGGGGGGUUGGUGGGGGGUUGGUUUUGGUUUUGGGGGUUUGUGGGGGGGGUGGUGGGGGGGGGGGGGGGGGUGGGGGGGGGUUGGGGGUGGGGGUUGUUGGGGUGGGUUGUUGUGGGUGGGGUGGGGGGGGGGGGGGGGGGUGGUUGGGGUGGGUGUGUGGUGGGGUUGUUUUUUGUUUGGGGGGGGGGGGGGGGGGGGGGGGGGGGGGGGGGUGGGUGGUGUUGGGGGGGGGGUGUUGAGUGUGUGGGUUGGGGUGGUGGGGGGGGGUUUUGGGGGGGGGGGGGGGGGGGGGGGGGGGUGGGGUGUUUGGGGUGGGUGGGUGGGGUUGGGGGGGGGGUGGGGGGGGGUGGGGGGUGUGUGUGUGGGGGUGGGGGGUUGUGGGGGUUGGGUGGGGGGUGGUUUGUGGGGUGGGGGGGGGGUGGGGGGGGGGGGGGGGGGGUUGGGGUGUGGGUGGGGGGGGGGUGUGUUGUGUGGUUUGGGUGUUUUGGUGGUGGGUUGGGGGGGGUGGGUGUGGGUUUGGGGGGUUUGGGGUUUGUUUUGGGGGGGGGGGGGGGGGGUUGGUGGGGUGGUGUGUUGUUUUGGGGUGGGGGGUGGGUUGGUGGGGGGUUGUGUGUGGGGGGGGUGGUGGUGUGUGUGGGGGUGUGUUGGUGUGGUUGGGGGUGUGGGUUUGGUGGGGGGGUGGGGUGGGUGGGGGUUGUGGGGGUGUGGUGUUGUUUUUGGGGUUUGGGGGGUGUUGUGUGGGGUGUUGUUUUGGUGGGGGUGGGUUUGUUUUUGUUGGGGGGUUGUGGGGGGGGGGGGGGGUGGUGGGGGGGGGGGGUUGGGGGGGGUUGGUGGGGGGGGGGGUGGGGUUGGGUGGGGGGGGUGGUGGGUGGUGGGGGGGGGGUGGGGUGGGGGGGGGUGGUGGGUGGGGGGGGGGGGGGGGGUGGGGGUGGUUGUGGGGGUGGGGUGGGGGGGGGUGGGGGGGGUUUUUGUGUUGGUGGUGGGUUGUGGUGGUGUGGUUGGGUGUUGUUGGUUGGUGGUGUUGUGGCUGGUGUUUUUGUUGUUGGGUGGGUGUUUUGUUGGGUGUUUGUGUUGUUUGGUGGUUUUUGGGUGUGGGGGGUGGUGUGUGGUUUGGUGGAGUUGUUGGGUGGGGGUGUUUUGUGGUUGGUGGUGUUUGGUUGGUGUGUUGUGGUUGGGGGUGGUGUUUGGUUGGGGUGUUUUUGUGUGGUUGGGUGGUUUUGUGUGUUGGGGGGUGGUUGGAUGUGGUUGUGUGGUGUUUGGGGUUUUUGGUGUUGGUUGUUGUGGUUAUUUGUUGUGGGGUGGAUUGUUGGUUGUUGGUGGUUUAGUUGUGUUUGUGGGUUUGGGUUUGGGGGGGGGGUGGGUGGUUUGGGUGGGGGGGGGGGGUGUGUGGUGGGGUUGUGUGGGGGUGGUUGGGGUGUGUGUGGGGGGGGGGGGGGGGGUGGUGGUGGGGGGGUGGGUUGGGGGUUGUGGGUUGUGUGGUUGGUGGUUUGUUGUGGUGUGUGUGGGUUGGUGUUUGUUGGUGUGUGGUUGGGGUGGGUGUUUGUGUGGUGGUGGGUUGUGUGGGUGGGUUUGUUGGUUGGUGGGGGGGGUUGGGGGGGUGUGUGUUUUGUGUUGUUGUGGUGUUGUUGGUGGUGUGUGUGGUGUGUGUGGGUGUGUGUGGGGGGUAGAUGUAGUGUGGGGUGUGGGAGUGGGGGGGUGUGUGUGUGGUGUGUGUGUGGUGUGUGUGGUGUGUGUGGUGUGUGUGGGUGUGUGUGUGGUUGUGUGGUUGUGUGUUGGUUGUGUGUGGGAGUGUGAGUUGGGUGUUGUGUGUGUGUGUGGUGUGUUGUGGGGGUGUGGUGUGGUAGUGUGGUGUGUUUGGGAUGAGUGUGGGUGUGUGUGGUUGUGUGUGUGUGUGUGGGGGUGUGUGUGUGGUUGUUGGGUGUUGUGUGUGUGGGUGGGGGGUGGGUGGGGGGGGGUUUUGGGGGGGGGGUGUUUGGUGGGGGGGGGUUGGGGUGUUGGGUUUUGGUUGGUGUUAGGGGUUGUGGGUGGUGGUGUGGUGGGGUGGUUGUGGGUUGGGUGGGGUGGUUGGGUGGGUGGGGGUGGUGGGGGGGGUGAUGGGUGUUUGGGUUGGGUGUUGGGGGGGGGGGGAGGUGGUGGGGGGUGGGGGGGGUGUGUGGGGUGGGUGGUUGUUGGUGGGGGGUUUGUGGGGGUAUUGUUUGUUUUGGGGGGGGGUGUGUGGGGGUGUGGGGUGGGUGGGGUUUGUGGGGUGGUUGGGGGUGGGUUUUGGGGUGUGGGGGGGUGUUUUGUUUAUGUUUGUGUGGUUUUUUGGUUUGGGGGGGUUUGGGGGGGGGGGGUUUGGGGUGUUGGUGGGGGGGUUUUGGGGUGGGGUGGGGGGGUUGGUGUUGUGUGGUGGGUGUGGUUUGUUGGGGUGUUUGGUGUGUGUGGGGGUUUGGGGGGUGGGGGGGGGGGGGGGGGGGGGUUGGUUGGGGGUGGGGGGGGGGGGGGGUGGUUUGGGUGGUUUUGUUUGGUAUUGGAUUGUUGGGUGGUUGGGUGGGUGGGUUUAUGUUGGUAUUUUUGGGUGGUUUGUUUGGGUUUGGGUUGGUUGGGGGGGGGUUUUGUGGUGUUUUUUUGGUGUUGUGGGUUUUUGUGGGUGUGGUUGGUGGGUGUUGGUUGGGGGUGGGUGUGGUGUUUGAGUUUUGGGGGGGGUUUGUGUUUGUGGGGGGUUUUUGUAGGUUUGGUAAUGUGGGGGGGAGGUAGGGUAUUGGUUUGGUGUGGGGGGGGUGGGGUGGAUGUGUUUGGUGGGUGGGGGGGUUUUUGGGGGGGUGGGUGUUGGUGUGAUGUUUUGUUGAGUGUGUGUGGGUUGGGGUUGGGUUGUGUUGGUUGGUUGUGGGUGGGGUGUGGGUAUGGGGGGGUGGUGGGGUGGAGGGGAUGUUGGGGGGGGGUUUUGUGGAAUAGAGGGAAGGUGUGGGGUGUUGGGUGUUGGGGUGUGGUGGGUGUGGGGGGUGGGGUAGGAUGUGGGGGUGUUUUUUGUGGGUGGGUUUUUGGCGUAGGGUGUAGUGUGUCCAAGGAUGGUUGGGUUGGAGGGAGAAAAGGGCGGAAAAGUAGUAUGGUUUAUGGGGAGAUGAGAGGAGCCCGAGAAGAAGAGAGGAGGAAGAUGGAAGAGACGAGAUGGAAUGCGGAUGAGAGUCGAGAGGAUGAGGAGAAGGAGAGGGAGGAGCGAGAGAGAGAGGAGAGAGAGAGGAGGAGUGAGGCGGGACGAAAGGAGACGACCGAGAAGAGAGAUGCAGGAGGCUGA